CGUUCCAGCUUUGGGCGGGGUUUGUCCCGUCAGCCGCUCCGUAGCUUCGACUUGAGGAAAAUUGUCCCAGCCGGGAAACUGUAGCGGCAGCAGGAAGCGGAGCCGCGCCCGGAGAGUAGGAGACGGAGCCGGGGAUCCGCGGAGAGGAGACACCCGGAGUUGCUGGGAUUAAACGAGCCGCCAGUUAGUGCAUGACUGCAUCCGCCACAACCAUCCAAGAUGGCAGCCAACAAGAACAAAACGCAGAGUUCCCUUGUCUUACACAAAGUGAUCAUGGUCGGUAGUGGAGGAGUCGGCAAGUCUGCGCUCACCCUGCAGUUCAUGUAUGACGAAUUUGUGGAGGAUUAUGAGCCCACAAAGGCCGACAGUUACAGGAAGAAAGUGGUGCUGGACGGGGAGGAGGUGCAGAUAGACAUUUUGGACACAGCCGGCCAGGAGGACUACGCAGCCAUCCGUGACAACUACUUCCGCAGCGGAGAAGGCUUCCUGCUGGUGUUCUCUAUCACAGAGCAGGAGUCCUUCACUGCCACCAGCGAGUUCAGGGAGCAGAUCCUGCGUGUGAAGGCAGAAGAAGACAAGAUUCCUCUUCUGGUUGUGGGGAACAAGUCUGACCUGGAGGACAGGAGGCAGGUCCUUGUGGACAUCGCCCGGAGCAAGGCCGAGGAGUGGGGUGUGCAGUAUGUGGAGACGUCCGCCAAAACAAGAGCCAAUGUAGACAAGGUGUUCUUUGACCUCAUGCGAGAAGUCAGAGCUAAGAAAAUGUCUGAGAACAAGGACAAAAAUGGGAAGAAAAGCGGCAAAAGCAAGAAGAGCUUCAAACAGCGAUGCUGUCUACUGUGACCGCGCCGCCAAGGACGCCACCUGUGAAGGGCUGCAGCGAGCGACGCCCCUGCUCCAAACCCCAUUCUAUGAUUCAUCAGUUUUUUCUAAUGCAACAUUUUAGUAUUUAAUUCAGUCAGACUAAGCAGCGAACCCAUCGCCGGACCCUACUGCGUGGGGGAGGGCGGCCUCGUUUCAUCUCCUCGAUGUGUAACUCUGGGGUUUUACUUUCUCUUUAUUUUCUUUUUGCCAAAAGAGAACAAACAGUUUUUUUGUAUGAUUUAAGAAAUUCUAUAUUUCGCUCACAUAAUAUGUAAAUGCUGACAGCCUGUGGUUCGCACGGGAAACCGCGGGUCAUCCGCAUGCUCCAGCAGCAGCAUAGUCCUUGUUGUGUCUGAGAAUGGGCAGAAGCUCCUUGUAAGGAGCAGGGAGACAACAUGAAUUAGGAGGACCGUAUGUACCCCCAUGAGACCACGGGUCAUGUACUACAACUCCUCUCAUCUGUGGGCGUCCCCAGCACCCCGCGGAACGCCCUUCUCUCUUUGUUUCUUAGUCUCAGUUGCCAAAUUUCCUCUUGGUCAAUUUUCU